ACGGAGGAAUAAUGGAAUAAUUCUACAAUAAUUUUAAAAUAAACUUUCAGGGAAAGUAGCUUUUCGAGGAAAAAAGUAUAUAAAAAUUUUCGUGUAAAAUUAUAGAAAAUGUUAGGAGAGACGACUGUGGUGACUCUCCAACUUGAAAUUGAGAAUCAUCGUUAUUCCCUGGAGAAAGGAUGUUAUUUAAUUGGUAAGGACAGCCGAAAGGGAAGGUCUACUAAUUAUAUACAACUUACCAAUUGGCAUAUAGAUGCAAAGCAUUGUGUCUUGGAGGUAGACUCCAACGAAGAAAUUUUCAUCGUUGAUUUGGAAAGUGAUUCUGGGAUUUACGUAAAUAAUAAGCGGGUCGAUCCUCUAACUAAAGAACGCUUAAAAUUGGAUGAGGAUUUUGGUUUAGGUGCAGAACUAAAGGCUAAAAUAAAAUUGGUCGGAAGGGUAGAGUCACAUAAUGGCAACCGUUCCGUAGUGAGCUUGAAAAAUACAUCGAAUAUCAGAAAAUUUACUCUCAGUCCUAUAAUAGGGGAAAAUAAUGUCCAAUGGGUACAUAAUGUGGAAAACAAUAACCUAAUUGGACACCACGAUAGUGAACCACUUCCAGAAACUCAAUCGAGAUCUUUUACAUCCGAUGCUGCAAAUAACAUCAGCUUAAAUAAUAUCUCAUUUAAUGAUGAAGAAGAAGAUUUCUGUAUACCAGAAACUCAAGAAAUAAAAGCUACAGACCCAGAUUUGGACAAUGGCGCUUUUGCUAACAAAGCAAAUUCUGUAGCCGAUUCCAUAGACGUUGAUGAAGUAACAGGCAGUCAAUUUAGAAUCUGUACUCAGGACUUCAAUGACGAGAAUAAAAUGGAAGAUUCUCAAACAAUACCCAUAAUAAAAUACAAUAUGGCAUUGCAAAGUGAAUCGGGUAGGGUAUUAACACAAUUACAAGGCAACAAAGAAGAAAUGAAAGAAAUGUCGCCAAUAAAUUUGCUAUCAGCUGAACGCUCGCAAAACGUCGAGAUAACAUCAGGCCCUCCUUUUAGAGAUGAAACUGCCACUCCCGAUAUAUUGGAUUUUUUGGAACUGACUGAAAUGAUGCAGGAAGUACGAAAUGAAACCAAUAACGUAGCAGAAGAUGAGCAAGAUUUAGUACCCACUCAGGCGUUUCCUACUAGAGGUGUAUUUAAAAAUAGACCGCAGAAUCAAGCGUUGGAGAUUGGAAAGUUUGGAAAAAAUGAUCCUUUGUUAACACUACGUGACAAAGAAAACACUUAUCCUCCUAGUGAAGUGCGAUCUAAAUCUAUUUUUACGAUAGUAAAUGGAACAAGUGUGCAUGAUAAUGCAGAUGACGUGUUGACUGAGGAAUUCUUAAAGAUGCCAACUUCUAGAUCAGCAGCAAUGAAAACUUGCUUAAGUUCUUCAUUGUUGAAAGAUAAAUCGAAAAGUCCAACUACAUUUUUCAAGGAUGUGAAAACAAAAAAAACCCAAACUUCUAAUUUAUGCACAUUUAAGAAACCGCUAAAUGAAUAUGAGCCCGCAAAAAGCAAUACAUCAACACCCAGCAACAGCUCUGUAUCGGAUUCAGAUGUAGAUUUGCUCAUGUGUACACCCCAGCUUAUAAAAGAGCAUAUUAAUAUUUCUGGUGUAGAGUUGCUAGUCGCAACAAGCAAGGAUGUGCUCGAUAGCAACGUUGAAAGCGAAGAAAACGAGCGAAAUAAUGUGGUAAAAUUAUUUAAUAAAAAACCGAAAGAGAACAAAGAUUUCGAUAGGCUUUUGUCACAUGUAAAGAACUCCUCACCGCGCGCUAAGCGAUCUAGAAUAUCCCACAAAACAGACAGAGUUAAACUUCUCAGCUGGAAGAACUCCACCGAAAAUAACCGUAAAUAUAUAGAAAAAGUCAAAAAAGGAACUAGGAAUAAGGAGACUAUCAUUAAAGCCGAAAAGGAAUCGAACAAUAGCCAGCCAAGCAAAAAAUUGGAAAAAUCUGCUUUCUCGAAAAGGAAUGCACAGAAAACUGUGAAAAAAAGCCGGACAUCGGCAAUAACUGUAACCCAAGAAGUGCCAAAGGAGCGUUUGACACGUGCUAGAACACGUGAACGGGAACUACAAAAUUCCACUGGAGUACAUAAAGUUGAUAACGAAAGGGGAACGUCGGUAAAGAGUAAUCCAAUUACGCUCUUCUCAGCAAGGCGUUCAGCGCGUUUAAGAACACUAGAUCAAGAACUAAGGGCUUCUCUUGAAAGAUCUAAAUGUGCCGUUAAUAUAAGUUCAGACCUACGUGAAAAGAAUCGAAGCAGUAGCCUGCAUUCACAAUUGAAAGAUGAUGACGAAAUCGAUCUUAUCCCCACCCAACCUUUUGUACGCACGAUGGAAACCCGCGCACGUUCUAAAGAAAGUUACAGUUCUUCUAGUUGCAGUUCCAGUAAAGAAAGGAUACUAAAAAAUGAACUUAAACGUAAAUGUCUCGACGUACACAGUUCAAAGGAUUCUUCUAAGCGCUCAAAAGAAAUGAAUGUUGAAGGAUCAAAUAUUCCACUUACUUCGACUUCGUCUAAAAGGUGUUUGCAAAUAUCUGCUACAAUGAUCGAUAAAGAUCUUUUUGAAGAGUUAGUGCGAAAUUCCAGAGGUUUAUGGACAGUGGCCAAUGAUCCGUUGGAUAGUGAACUUUUGAUUAUGGAUAAGGGCAGCCGUACCUAUAAGUUUCUCUUAGCAAUGGCCAAAGGCAUACCGAUCGUCACGACAGAAUGGAUUAAAAAAGUGAACGAGGGUCGUACCUUAAUAUCUUUCAAAAAUGAUUUCUUUAGUGAUCCCGUAUUUGAGAGAAAACACAAAUUUUCUGUUUUAAAAUCUUUGGGCAUGGCCAGAUCCAAAAAACUAUUCCAAGGUUGUCGAUUCUUUACGACUUCAAAAAUCAGACCCCAGCCGGAAGAAGUUAGAAAUAUUAUCGAAUGUGCUGGUGGUUCUGUCCACAAUGAAUACGACAAAGUUAAUGAGAAGAAACAGGGGAAAAUUUAUUUGAUUUCUUGCUCAGAUGAUAAGAAAGAUUGGCACACACUUCGCCAUCGUUAUAAAAAUAUUACCAUCAUUCCCUCGGAAGCCAUAAUGUCAGCAAUAAUGCGUCAGGACGUCACUCUUCUUGAUAAAAUUGUAUUGACUUGAUUUUGGGGACUGACUUAGUUUUGGCUAUAUGGAUUUUUGAAGUUUGCUAGCGUCUCCCCUUUCUUAUGACCAUUCAUAAAUUCAUUUGAUAAGCUUCUGAUGCAUAUAUAAAAAUAUGAGGGCAAUAUUUUCUAAUAUGUCUGCUCGCUUGGCUUUAUAUGUUCACACAUUUGAAAAAACUGGAGAUUUAAUACAAAGAGCAAAUGAAAACUUUUAAUUCAUAUACGUAAAAAAAAAUCAUAUAUUUUCUAACAUUCCCUUAAAUUUUCGACAUUUU